CACCAGUGCGUCCAUAGCCACCAGAUCAAACGAAUCGAACGGGUCUUGAAGUUGAAAUUAUAUUUGCAGACACAUUUUGUCUUAUAUAACUAGGGAACAUGUCGACCACGACGUAUGUGACCUCGGGGCCGGUCUCUGUCCAGCAGACGAGCUAUGUCUCUGGGCAACAAACGCAGACCACGUACAUCACCACAGGACGGGCUCCGCCGCCACCGCCGCCCACCGUCAAUGUGGUGGUCGUCAAUCAGGGGGGUCGCUGGAGCAAGACGGCAACGAAAACCGGAACAGCAGCCACCUUUGCAUUCGUGUAUGCGGGACUGGACAUGGCCCAGGGUCUUGGCUGGAAUCUGAACGCCAAUGUUGCGACCACCCUGGAGUUUCAGUACAGUUGGUUCAUCGGAUUCAUCAUUGGAGCUGUUGUCUCCGCCGUGGCUGUCUCAUUUCUCCCCAAAGUGAUCUUCUAUGGUCUGGGCAGUAUUAUGAACCUGAUCGAUGCCAUUAUCUUUGUGAGUGCUCCGUACGAGUACGAGUCCAUUCUGGCCGCCCGCUACGUGGGCGGCGUGGGCAUUGGCCUGAUCACGGUUCCCUUCAUCAUCCACAGUGCGGAAAUCUCCCCAAGCAAUUGCCGCGGCACCUGCUCCGCCUUGGAGCAGUACGGCCUCAGCCUGGGCAUCGCCAUUCAGGUGAUCUACGACUCGCAGUGGGCGGGCGACCUUGGCAUGGCCGUCAAUCGGGUGCACGGCAUCUUUGGCAUUGUGUUCUCCGCCUUUGCCUUGGGCAGUGUGGCCAUGGCGAUCGAGUCGCCCAUCUUCUACAUACGUCAGAACCAGGAGGAUAGGGCGCGGGCCAGUAUCCGGCGACUGAUGGACAGCUGGUGGACCGUCGAGAGGGGCAAUCAGGCGUACGAGGAGGCCAAACUGUAUGUCGUAGAGGGCACCAGCCAGAACGUCGGCGAGCAGGUGGCCGAAUCCGCAAUGCCCUUCAUCAAGAUGCUCUUCUUCCGGUGCUUUGUGGCCUUCGCCAUCUCGCUGCCACUCUCCCGUUCAAUAGAGACGAGCAGCUUCGAGUUCGAGGGCACCGCCUACGCCUGGCCGAGCAUCGUGUUUGGCGCAAUCCGCCUGCUUGGGUCCCUCAUCACGAUGGCCGUUCUGGACACCGUAGGCCGCAAGUUCAUCUCGCUGCUGGGACUCAUGUGCAUGGCUGGCCUGAUGCUGGGCAUGGCCGGCGUCUAUGGCGACUACGUGAACGUCCUGAGUCCCUACUACAUGCGGCAGGUGAGCAAUCUGGGCAUUGCCUUCCAGUUCUUUGCGGGCAUCUAUGUAUGCAGCUCGUCGGCCUAUCUGGGCGAGGCGUUUCCUCUGCGAGUGAAGCCCUUCCUGGUUGGCCUGAUCGUCUGCAUGGAGCAGGUGAUCCACAUCAUUGUGAUUGCCACAUUCACCUCCGUCACGGCCGAGUCCUUCUACGAGUAUUUUGUGAUAGUCGGCAUUAUCCUGGUCGUGGGAUUGGUGGUCUUUGCCAUCCUGAUGCCGGAGACGCGCGGCACGUCGCUGCGGAAGGCUGGCGAGCGCUUCCGACGAGUGCAUGACGUCAUGGCCUACUAGUACUAGUUGUACCCACUAGUAUCACUUAAAUUCAAUAAAUUCAAGUCGCCCCGAAACAGUUGACAAUGUUC